AUGUCGAUAGCGUCCGUCACAAAAGCAUGGGCAGAAUUUAAGCAGAGCAAAAUAAGCGAUUUUUGGACGGUAUUGGUGACGAGAGUGUUCACGGAGCCUAACGUGUUCUACGCAUCGUCUACGCUCAUCUUUUCCCUUUUAUUUUUACUCAUAUUCGCAUAUUACCGGCUUCGUGGGCUGGCAAAGGAUUACCACAACAUUGUGAUGAUCAAAAGGAAUUUGGAGGCCAUUGCGAAGAGCCGUUUAAAGCGCUACCUCCUGCAGUCAGCCCAGUUUUACUAUUGA